AUGGAUGAAUUCAUUAUGGAGGUGUUCAAGCAUAGGUCAGCUAACCAGGAUGCAAGACCAUUAAGGUAUGAUUUGAAAUGGUGUCGGAGAAUGAGGAAGUUGCUGCGGAUUGAAGGGCCCAGAGCCCGUGGUGAGCUGGAGGGUGAGAUCGUGCUGGAAUCCAGGCUUCAGCAGAUUAUUGUCCUUGCUUGUUCCUCUCUCCAGUGCUUAGCAAUGUGGAAGCUGAAUCAUGGCUCUUACAGACCAACAGCUGCUGGUGGCACAGUGGUGGCAGGGGGCCAAGCACAUGUGCAAUACCCCCUGCUCAGGGGUAGUGAGGCACUGGAACAGGUUGCCCAGAGAAGCUUUGGAUGCCCCAUCAGUGGAAGUGUUCAAGGCCAGACUGGCUGGGGCUUUGAGCCUCCUGGUCUAGGCGUUACCAUUGUGAAGCCGAUCGUGUACGGGAACGUCGCGCGGUAUUUUGGGAAGAAGAGGGAGGAGGAUGGCCACACUCACCAGUGGACGGUGUAUGUGAAGCCGUACCGGAACGAGGACAUGUCUGCCUAUGUGAAAAAAAUUCAGUUCAAGUUGCAUGAAAGCUAUGGUAAUCCUUUAAGAGUUGUUACCAAACCACCAUAUGAAAUCACCGAAACAGGCUGGGGUGAAUUCGAAAUAAUCAUUAAGAUAUUUUUCAUUGAUCCAAAUGAAAGACCUGUAACCUUAUAUCACUUACUGAAGCUUUUUCAGUCGGAUACAAAUGCCAUCCUGGGGAAGAAAACUGUAGUUUCUGAAUUCUAUGAUGAAAUGAUAUUUCAAGAUCCUACUGCAAUGAUGCAGCAGCUGUUAACAACAUCUCGUCAACUAACACUAGGUGCUUAUAAGCAUGAAACAGAGUUUGCAGAUCUUGAAGUGAAAACCAGGGAAAAGCUGGAAGCUGCCAAAAAGAAGACUAGUUUUGAAAUUGCUGAGCUUAAAGAAAGACUAAAAGCAAGUCGUGAAACCAUCAACUGUUUAAAAAAUGAAAUCAGAAAACUUGAAGAAGAUGAUCAGUCUAAAGAUAUGUGACAAGUGUGGACUUGAUAAAGAGCCUAUGCUGAAAAUGGGAGGACUUCAGUCAUGGAACUGUAUGAAUUCAAUUCUAUAACCGAGACUAUGAGAAUUUCACUGGCAAGUGAUUGAAGUUUGUGGCAAUCAACUUCAUAAAUGGAAGAAAAAAGAAAGAAUGUAUCCUUGUUUUAUAGUUAAAAUCUGUGGUACUUAACAACUUAUUUCAAGUAGAAGGGGUCUCAGAGACCAGACUUACUUUUUUUUUUUUAAGCUGCGUUUGAGUCGUAUAUGAAAACUUUGUAUUAAGUCUUGUGUUAGUUCAAUGUUAUUUUACGAAAUGCUGGUGUUUACUUUUUUUACUUGUUUUUUUUCUACUGAUUGUUUAGAGGUGCAUCUUUAGAGCUAAAAAUAAAAUAUGCAAUUUUUUAUUUUAA